CUAAACCCGUUUGUUCGCCCGGGCUCCCCAAUACACAGGAGGACAGAUCGGAUUUACUGUCCCAACUAGAAAGUCCAGUUCCACCGACACAGGGCGAGAUGACACAAGACUACGACAACAAAAGGCCUGUAUUAGUACUCCAGAAUGAGGCAAUGUAUCAACAGAGGCGAUCCUACACUACUGAAGACGAGGCCUGGAAGUCUUUUCUAGAAAACCCGCUGACUGCGGCCACCAAAGCCAUGAUGAGCAUCAAUGGAGAUGAGGACAGUGCAGCAGCCCUGAGUCUUCUCUACGACUACUAUAAGGUUCCUAGAGAUCGGAGACCGUCAUCUGCAAAAACAGACCAUGAUCACACAGAAGUAGAACACCAUAAAAGGAGUGUGCUGUCGCAAUUGCCUGAACAACACUUAAUUUCUGCUGGAGAAAACAGAGUUCAAGUUCUGAAAACAGGAGUGCCUUUCAAUCUUCUGGUUCCUUUGAAUAGCCAACAUGACAAGCGAGUCCACCUGAGCUCCCCAGACACCACUGGCACGGUCUCCAUAACUUCCAUGCCAACCCAUGCUAUCAAAACUGAAUCACAGAGCCAUGGUUUUACAGUGGGCAUCCCACCAAAUGUCUAUCACUCUGAGCCAACAGAACGCAUUAUUACCUAUGACCGCAACGUUACCCCCGAUCACUAUAGCUCCAGCAGCCAGCCACCAAGUUCUCAAAGGAGAACACCGGAUUCUACAUUCUCUGAGUCUUUUAAAGAAGACGUGCAAGAGGUGUUCUUUCCAUCUGACCUCAACAUCCGAAUGAACGGUAUAAACUCUGAAGACUAUGUUUUCGAUUCUGUUGCCGGGAAUAAUUUUGAAUAUACACUUGAAGCCUCAAAAAGCCUCCGACCAAAGCCUGGAGACAGCACAAUGACCUAUCUGAACAAAGGCCAGUUUUAUCCCAUUACACUAAAAGAAAUCAGUGGGAACAAAGGAGUUCACCAACCAAUCAGCAAAGUCCGGAGUGUGAUUAUGGUUGUGUUUGCUGAUGAUAAAAGUCGAGAAGACCAGCUUCGUCACUGGAAAUACUGGCACUCCCGACAGCACACAGCUAAACAGAGGUGCAUCGAUAUCGCUGACUACAAAGAGAGUUUUAACACCAUCAGUAAUAUUGAAGAGAUCGCAUAUAACGCCAUUUCUUUCACAUGGGACCUGAAUGAUGAAGGAAAGGUCUUCAUAUCUGUCAACUGCCUGAGCACAGACUUCUCCUCUCAGAAAGGUGUGAAAGGUCUUCCACUGAACCUGCAGAUAGACACAUACAGCUACAACAACAGGAGUAACAAGCCCGUCCAUCGCGCAUUCUGUCAGAUCAAAGUCUUCUGCGAUAAGGGGGCUGAACGUAAAAUAAGGGAUGAGGAACGUAAGCAGAGCAAACGAAAAGGCAAGUUUUCUGUGCCCAUCUCCCACAUCACUACUUUUCCAGAUGUUAAAGGGGGUCUGCUGCCAUCACACAAGAGAACCGAUAUCACGGUGUUCAAGCCCAUGUCGGAUACGGACACUCAGCCAGUGCUAUUUAUCCCCGACGUGCACUUUGCAAAUCUCCAGCGCACCACACAUGUGCUUCCUAUUACAGAGGAAAUGGAAGGAGAAAGUUCUGGAAUGAAGAGGAUGUCGUUCUCUCCUGAUGACGACUUUCCUGCACCUCCUGUAAAAAUACCAAGACCGGAAGAACCAAAGAGAGUUUUGCUCUAUGUGAGGAGGGAAACUGAAGAAGUAUUUGACGCACUCAUGCUCAAAGCACCAACCCUGAAAGGUCUAAUGGAAGCAAUAUCUGAGAAAUAUGAAGUUCCUCUUGAAAAAAUUGGAAAGAUCUUUAAGAAAUGUAAAAAAGGAAUCCUUGUUAACAUGGAUGACAACAUAAUCAAACAUUACUCCAAUGAAGACACAUUCCAGCUCCAGAUUGAGGAGACAGGAGGUUCCUACAAGCUCACGCUCACAGAAAUUUAAAAAUACAGCGAUUUGCCAAAAAGAACUUCACAGGAAGACUUCACAUUUCCAGCUUGUUCUGCAAGUUUAUAGGUCAACAAUCUUAGGUGGAACCAGAUCUUGGAUACUUUUUCUGGAGUCAAGCUUUCCUGCUGGGAGGAAUGUUAGGCACAUGACAGCAUUAGAGUUGUGGGUAUACUGCAUAUUCUCAUUCUGGUGGACAUUCCUUGCAGAAGAUAAAAUGGAAUCCUUGUUCCGCUAUACCAUCUCUGAAAUGCAUUGCAGGCCCCCGCGGCAGAACUGAAAAUCCAAUUCAGUGACGGAAAAAUAUAAUUAUCAGCGUACUGUGUUUUCCAAAAUGUUUUACUGGACACCUGUGCCAUAAAGAUCCACCUUCCUUGUCUAGGAAACUUGGGAGGGGGGGCUGCAAUGUCUCAAAAGGGGAUAUCCCUAAAUGAUAAACGGACACUUAAAAACUGAUUAACGUGAAGAUCUUCACCGACAUUUUAAAAAAAAAUAAA